AGCAAAAUGAUGCUGAACCUACUUAAUCUUUCACGAUUACAUCAUCGAUUUAUCACGGCUAAUGGCUGACGUUUUCGAUGACAGCAAAUACUUUGAUUAGUGUAAACAAAUAUUGAUCAAACUGGAAACGAUCAAUAAAUAUGGCCAAGAUUUCUGAAUGUAAUAAUAUGAACGAGAAGAAGGAGGAUGAUGACAUGUCACAUUUCGUGCGUGAGUUAAAAUUUGGCGAAAAUAAAUUAAAAAUAAGACAACGAUGCAUUGGACAUGUUAGUUGUGUCGUUUGGGAUAGUGCUAUUGUAGCUUGUCAUUAUUUUAUUCGACAUCAAUCAUUCUGGAAGAAAAAAAAGGUUCUAGAACUUGGUGCUGGAACAGGAGUGUGCAGUAUUCUCUUAGCAGCAUUAGGCGCAGAUGUUGUGGCAACUGAUUCAUCAGAAGGAAUUAAUUUAUUGGAACGAAAUAUCCAAGAAAAUCAGGAAAUGAUAACAAGAAAUGAAGGUUCUGUUAAAGCUGAAGUUUUGGAUUGGAAUAAUCCAUGCGAUAAAUCGCUAUCAUUCGACGUUAUUCUAAUGGUUGAUGUUAUUUACUACUUAGGGGCAUUAGAAGGACUUGUUAAACUAGUAUUACGAUCAGAUGCGGCAAUGAUUAUUUGUUGUUACGAAGUACGCGAUAUUGGAGAACCGAAGAUUGCUCAAGAACGAUUUUUUGAAAUGAUAUCUCCUUUUUUUGGUAUUUAUCCAGUAGCAGAUGAGCAUUUAGAUGAUAUAUAUAAAUCACCAGAUAUCAAAGUGCUACGUUUAGUACGGAAGUGAUUGCAAUCAUCCUUGAUUUAAUUAUAUUUGGAAACGGGCAGUUAUAUGUUUUUUUUU